AGCGCUAGCGCGUGCGUUCGCGUAACAUACUAUCGUACGCACGUAGUCGUCGUAUAAUAUUAUUAAUAUAGUACGUUCGUACCAUUGUUGUAGUGUCCGUUCGAAGUACCAGAUAAAUAAUAAGAUUUCGCGUCGGGUGCCAUCAGCCACGCACAGUGCAGUUUUACGGGUCGAAGAAAGGAAAAAUAAAACACACUGCCUGGCGGACGAUGCCGCCAAUGCGAUCCGUUAUCACGCAGCCCGUUAUCAGCGCGUGAAACAACGUUUUAAUUUAAAAAAAAAAAAAAAUUCCUCAGACUUGAGCCGCGCGUAUCUCAAUUUCUCCACCGUCGGCCCCGUUUCCGCGACGUUCGCGCGUGUGUGCCCCAGAGCACAGUAGGACGUACCGUAACACAUCGCCGCCGCCGCCGCUGCGCGCCCGCCGAACGCCGCCGCGCGCACGACGACGACGACGACGACCACCACACGAUGCCGUCGCACAUGAACUGUUGUUUCAACAAAUGCACCAACUCGAGUCGGAGUACGCAGAACCUGUCGUUCCACAAGUUCCCGACCAACGAAAGCCUAUGUAAACAAUGGGUCGAACUGUGCCAGAACGACAAAGUCAUUCAGAAGUUCAAAAACCACGGUUCCAGCCAGGUGUCUAAGAGUUUUAGGAUAUGUUCUGAACACUUCAAGCGGGAGGACUAUGUGCUGUGGACUUCGAAAAAAAAGGUGUUGCACAAAGGAUCCAUUCCAACAGGACAGCAGCUAAUAAGUCCGAAAACGACACACUCUAACAUUACCAAUUGGAGUGAUAUGAUCACCGAGGAAGAUGAGGCAGUUGCCAAUAAUGCAAGCUGGAGUCCACGUGGAACUCCAAAUUUUGAUCUAUCUGGCUCAGUACCUGAGCAGGGUAAGUAAAUGAACGAUUAUAUCCAGGGUGGAGUCCUUGCAAAACUCCAUGUUCUCAACUAAGCAGUCCAGAUAAAUAGAUUAUAUGUUAAAUUGUAUCAUUUUACUGAAAAAAUGCGCAAACUUUGUUAGCUUAUUAAAAAGUUAAAUUUUUUUUAAUAAUUUGGAAUACUAUUUCAUUUUUUUGCUCUUUGAAUUUAUAAACUACCUUAAUUAAAGCUUUGGGUUAUUUUCUAAAUUUUAGUU